UGCGAUAGUUUCAAUUUUCAAAGGUAUGUUUCUACUUUCUAGCGAUUUCUACUUUCUAGCGAUGGAAAUGAAUUUGAUGAAGAUUUCUAGCGAUGUUCUUUAGCGAAGAUUAAUUUUAUAUUCGAAACUCAUAUCAAAGUCUGAGUCCAAAUGCUCCACUGUUGGUAUUCAAGGCAUUGCUUGGGCUUUUGGGGGCAUGAUCUUUGCCCUUGUCUACUGUACUGCUGGCAUUUCUGGAGGACACAUAAAUCCAGCAGUGACCUUUGGGUUGUUCUUGGCAAGGAAACUGUCGUUGACAAGGGCAGUGUUCUACAUGGUGAUGCAGUGUCUUGGUGCUAUCUGUGGUGCUGGUGUGGUCAAAGGGUUCGGCAAAACUCUUUAUCAAACAAAGGGUGGUGGUGCCAAUGUUGUAAAUCUUGGUUACACAAAGGGAUCAGGUCUUGGUGCUGAGAUCGUUGGCACUUUCAUUCUUGUUUACACUGUUUUCUCUGCUACUGAUGCUAAGCGUAGUGCUAGGGAUUCACAUGUCCCUCUUUUGGCACCAUUGCCUAUUGGAUUUGCUGUGUUCCCGGUACACUUGGCCACAAUUCCAAUCACUGGUUUCUCUGCUGCUGCAUCUUAG